AUGGCAUUUGAAAGGGAAUUGUUGAUUGCAACGCAAGCUGUACGUAAGGCGUCUCUAUUGACGAAAAGAAUUCAAUCUGAAGUGAUCUCUCAUAGAGAUUCCACUACUAUCACCAAGAGUGACAAUUCACCAGUCACUACUGGUGAUUAUGCUGCCCAGACCAUUAUAAUCAAUGCCAUCAAGAGUAAUUUCCCGAACGAUAAUGUGGUAGGUGAAGAAUCAUCAUCUGGGUUGAGCGAUACAUUCGUCUCAGGGAUUUUAGACGAAAUAAAAGCUAAUGAUGAAAUCUACGACAAGAUUUAUAAAAAAAAAGAUUUUCAGUUUACCAGUGAUCAGUUCCCACUAAAGUCUUUGGAAGAUGUCAGACAAAUCAUCGACUUCGGCAACUACGAAGGUGGCAGAAAGGGAAGGUUCUGGUGUUUGGACCCUAUUGACGGUACCAAGGGGUUUUUGAGAGGUGAACAGUUCGCAGUAUGUUUGGCAUUAAUCGUAGAUGGUGUUGUCCAGCUUGGCUGUAUUGGGUGUCCAAACUUGGUUUUGAAUUCUUAUGGAGCUCAAGAUUUGAAAGGUCAUGAAUCAUUUGGUUACAUUUUCCGUGCUGUUAGAGGUUCAGGUGCCUUCUACUCUCCAUCUUCAGAUGCUGAAUCGUGGACCAAAAUUCAUGUUAGACACUUGAAGGAUACCAAGGACAUGAUUACUUUGGAGGGGGUAGAAAAGGGACACUCGUCUCAUGAUGAACAAACCGCCAUCAAAAACAAGCUAAAUAUAUCUCAAUCUUUGCACCUGGAUUCUCAAGCCAAAUACUGUUUGUUGGCCUUGGGCUUAGCCGACGUAUACUUACGUUUACCAAUCAAGCUUUCUUACCAGGAAAAGAUCUGGGAUCAUGCCGCAGGUAACGUUAUUGUCCACGAAGCUGGUGGUAUUCAUACAGAUGCAAUGCAAAAUGUCCCCCUAGACUUCGGAAACGGUAGAACAUUGGCUACUAAGGGAGUUAUAGCGUCAAGUGGACCACGCAAGUUGCAUGAUUUGGUUGUAUCUACAUCAUGCGCUGUUAUUGAAUCAAGAAAGGCCUAA